CCGACACCUCGGUGCUUUACGAUAUUUCGUGACUCGAACAGUGUCGACGAUCGAAAUCAAACCGUAACCGUGCUAUGUGGAACACUGUGUUCUCGAAAAAGUGAUUCGUUAUCGGUUCCAGUGUCGGAUGUUUAGCUGAACUUUUCGGCGCCAAGGACGCAUAUCCAGAGAUGCUGAAGUGGACGGUCUCGAGAUCGUUGUCGACAACUAGUUCGACGCCUCACGGUCCGCCCACAUUAAAUAAGGCACCUCGCCGGCCCUUCCGAGACUUGUCCAACACACCACCGACCUCCGCUAGUUGUCGGACCAGACAAGUAUCUACACAGAAUGUGUCGAACACGUCCAGGACGACGCCGGCUCGAAGGAGAAGGUGCAGGAGUCACGGAACCGACUUGAGAACGUAUUUUCAGGCGUCGAAGCCGCAUUUGAGGUCGAAUAAACGUCAAUCCUUGUCGCAAGGAGCGGAGAAUUCGGCGACGACCGAAAGUUUUUAUCAAAGCACACCGAGAGUAGACACCGAUAUCGGGCCUCUCACGUAUUAUCCACCCGGUAGCAAGUGUUCUACCGCGCUUACUUUACCAACGGAUCCCUCGCUCUUCAUGAACAAUCGCGCCAAGAACUUCCCGAGCGACAGCGAGCUACCGCAGAAUGUCGUCAACGAGGCGAGAGCGAAUCUACAGUCGCACGUCUCCGAUUUCUUUCAACAAAUCUCGAUGGCCACCAGCCCCGAGGACGUAAUGGAAACGGGUUCGGUGCCCCUGGAGACGAAAACCAAGGUCUAUUCUCAGAACGUCGAGCAAAAGCUACGUUCGGUGAAAACGCCCUAUCUACCGAAACUGGCGAGGAUCACGAAGAUACAUGCGCGAUGUCGGACGCCCUAUCACACGAAACUCGCUCAGGCAAUCAGCCCCUUCAAGUCGAAAACGGCUCAAGGACAAACGCCGCUUGUCGGCAAGUUGUCGAGUCUCACCAUAGAUCAGGACUUGUCCAAGUACGAGAACAUGGACAACACCGUGAAAGAGGUGCUUCACAGAGAACAGGAGAUAAAUUUCGGAAGCAAAACCGUGGCGGAGAUUCUUCUGACCAACGUCGAAGAAAGGAACAAGAUUCUAGAAGCGUGCGACAAGCAGUCCGAAUCGAAUAUGACAGAUCACAUAUACGAGACUAUUCCCGAGCAGGAGGAGGUGGCGGAGGAGGAACUGUCACCGGCGCGCAAUGACAGUUCUAUAUUAUCUGUCAGUCAACUUCUGGAAGAUCCCUCGCCAAUGUCCUGGGCUUUUGCGUCGCCGUUGAACGAUCUAGAGGGUGAGUUCACCCUGAAGAGACAACGUGGCAUUCGUCGGAAACGUCCGCGAAAGGACGGCGACAAAGCGAUGGAUGGCAAACGGGCCAAGAGGACGUGUAGUCCUUCGGCAACAAACGAGAACCAGGACACCCUGAUCGAGGCCAUUAACCCGAACGUGAAGAAACUCGUGUUAGAGACGGAUCUGGACGCGACAUUGGACGAGAAGCAUCUACCGGUCACGAAAGCGUUUUUCUGCGGUGCUAAGGAAGAUCGUAAGGAAGAGGACGUUAACAGGAAGGCCGGUUUCUGGGAUCUUGACAGUCCCAAGUCGUCCAUGACGGACGACCUGUAUAGCACGAAAUCGUUUGCCACUUCUGUAUCCACAACACCGGAAGUCCCCUUAGUCGCGACUGUCAGAAGAUGCUUGAAGUUUAGUCCCGAGAGUGAACCGACGAGAUUUAACUGUUGUGGUUCGAUCGAAAUCGAGUGCUCCCUUGUGGCGGAGAAUAUACAUGUUCAAGUGAUAAGGUGCAAGGAUCUGAGGCGGGCGUACGAGGGGCCGGUGCACGCGUAUGUAAAAGCGAGUUUGAAGAAUACUAGUGGCGAAGGGGUCGUCAAGACCGCAGUCCACCGCGCCACGCCGAAUCCGGUGUUUCGCGAGACUCUGAUACUACCCUGUCCGACGUACAACAGUCACUGCACCGGUCACAGGCCCACGUCCCUGGACAUCGCCGUCUGGCACCGGGAUCGUCGUGCGAGACGUAGCGAGCUGCUGGGCUGCAUGACUCUUCCUCUGCCGCUGUCCCAGGAUAAGGAAGCAACAUGGCACCCUCUAGAAGCCGGAUCCGUCCGAAAUACGAGCACCCCUUUCGCGGGUGUACCUCAGGAUUGCGUCGUGUCGCCUCCAUUGUCCAAGGACGGCGAGCUAGAUAAUAACAACUCAGGGACAGACGAUUUGAUGUAUCUGAGACACCUGGAGUUGGAACCGGUCGAUCCACUGACAGGUUUACCUCUACACCCGGGUUUCACCGCGAAGGGCGGCAGAACACCUUGUACUAUUACCAGAAGGCUGAUAAGGCAAACUACGGGAAAUCAGAUUCCAUGGGGGUUUUCGUUAUCAUGGGGCAGGCCACCGCGGGUGGAGCGCGUGGAUCCGGGAAGUCCGGCGGAACGUUCCGGCUUAAAGCCGGGCGAUCAUGUAGUUUUUGUAGAAAUGACGAACGUCGUGACGAGACCGCGGGAUGAGAUCUUGGGCCUUAUUCAGGCCGCCACGAAUCAACUGGUGCUGGAAGUAUACCGCAAAGGAGGCGCCCAAUCGUCUGCCAUCCACAGACCCAGCUCGGUCAACGCCACCCUUCAGAAUCCCUCCGACGUUCCCAAGAGCCAACACACGGUCACGUUCAACGCCGAGCAGGUCUUCCCGACUCUGACACCCGACGCGUCGCCCGAGGAGGAAUUAUCUAUACGCGAGACUAGGUACUGGAGCGUCCUGAAAAACGGAAACACACGUUUCAUGGUCCCGCUAUGCGAGCGACGCGACGUUCUAUCGGCAGCAGACUACCUGAUCCUGUUCCAGAAUCUGGACGAGCUACUCAAGCUAUCCGAGGAGAUCAGAGACGAGGGCGGCGGUGUCGACAGCUAUCUCUGUAGAGUUCCUAAAAUCACAGCUGCCUACCGAAGAUACCUCAGUGGCCUACAACGUGCCUGCUGCCUCCUGGUCGCUCUCAGACGGAACGCGGCCUUCGCCAAGCUGGUCUGCGAGCCUGCUGUGCCACACAAACGGCGUCCCGAUCUUACCGGGGUGCUACUUCUACCCUUAGAACACUACAGAGAGAUGACGAGAUUGUUGGGUCAGGCAUCUCCGCGGAGUUGCCAACAAGCAAGAGAUUUGGCCCACGGCUAUAGAGAAGCUACAGCUAACGCUGGUGUUAUGGAACCGCCGCGAGACACCGGAAGACCUCUGCUGAGUUUGCAAGAGGUGGAAUCUCGACUAGUAUUCGCAAGAUGCAAGCCAUUUACCUUAGCAAUGCCAGGAAGACAAUGGCUCUUCGGCGGCGCCCUCGCCAAGGUCGAAGGUCGCGCGCGCAUGCAGCCAUCCUGGGCUUUGCUGUUAACCGAUCUUCUGGUGUUCGCGCGAGUCUCGCGGGAUCGCGUGCUUUUCGUGACCGAGGAACCUCUGCGACUAUCGAGCAUCGCCGAGGCGUGUUUCACCGUGAGAAAACGACCGACGGAAUUUCGGUUACAGGUCACCGUAAACCCAAACGCGGAGAACGGCCACGUCGAGGUGGUGAACAGCGGCGGCUGCAGCCCGCACAGUCGACCCCGAAGACGCGUUCUCAUCUUUCGAGCGCCUACCGCGGAGCUCAAGGCCGUCUGGCACAAUCUUCUUCAACGGCAAAUAAUCUAUGUGAAUACAGGCUGUGGUUUGAACUCGUCGGAUCAGGGCAGCCCAGAAGAGAGUCCGAUUGUUGGUAAUAAUUUCACCACGAUCAGAGAAUCCACGGGAAGUCCACAGAUCGUGAGAGAGCCUCAACAACGUGACGAGGAGGAGAAGGAAUCGCAAUCCGGCGAGAGCUUGGACACGAUCCUGAAGAAUUCACGGGAAAACAAUCACCUGGCUCAGUGGGUGCGCAAUUCGCAUCAGAUUCCUCCUCCGGAUAACGAAAGUUCACUGGAAGAAUGGACGGCAGAGGAAUUGGCAGCCCGAACCCCUCGAGAAAGUAACAGCAGGUCGACUAGUCAGGACACUGCGACGGAAGAGAUUACGACGGCAAAUUCCGACGCGGAACAACAAAGUACUGCGUCGAGCGCAAGUCUUAGUACCGUGAAAUCGAACAGUAUGACGCGGAAGAACGGCAGUCACGUGUCCUCGAAGGAGAAUUCAACGAGCUCUAUCAGUAUUUGCCGAAGGUGCCAUAGAUCGGGUUGUCCUACUCCACCAUUGCAGAGGGACCCGUUCUCCCCGUUACCCCCGAAAAUUUCUGUUCUUCCACCGACCCCCGAUUUCUGCACGAGACACAGACUGCAUAGAAAUGGGUUGCACGAUAGUCCAGGACGUAACAGUCCUAUUUACACGUCUGCGGAUGGCAACACCGAAGAUGGUAGCGAGGAUGAUCUCGAUUGUGACGGAGAACCCCCUUAUAGAGCUCUAAGACGGUUCGGUACGAUGAGCAGUCUGGAUCAAGAUGACGAGUUAGAUGAACAGGGAGAAGACGACAACCGGGAUUUGGAGUCGCCACCAUCCGGCUUGAGAGCGUGGACCGCCCGAGCGAGCAGUUAUGUCGUUAGCAAGAUGGUUUUAUUGGAACAGCUCAGCGAGGGUGUCGGUGGUUAUCUUUUGCAACCACCGGUACCCCCGGAGCGAACCGAGUUCUCGUUGGAUCCGAACGACGAGGAGGGUACCACAUCCGGGGCUACUUCCGGCGACGAUAUAUGGGGCACGCCGACUUCCGGCGGACCGGACGAUGAAAGUUUCACCGCUAACUCGCCGCCACCGAACGGCAGCGGCGGCGCGAUGAACACCGGCGAGGACAAUUACGGCCUAAACCUGUCGGCGGAGGACGACGCCGAUCAGGAAUCGGAGAACGAGGAUUGCUCGCUGCCGGAGCUGAGCAUGGACCAGCUGCUGGGCGGCGGCGGUAGUCUAGGUUCUUUGCGCUGCUUCCUGGGUAGAAGACGGCUGGAGCCGCUGCCGGAAGAGGAGGACUCGCCCGGCAGCGGCAAGCACCAGGUCGGAUGGUGGUGACAGCG